AUGGCAUUGCAAUGCGCGUCGAUGCGCAACCUCUUCUUACUCGCGGCGCUGUGUGUUAGCAGCGGCAUAUGGGGUCUGACUGGGCGGGUUGAAGCCGCCACCACUCCAACAGAGAAUGCGGCUCUGCUGGGCAUGAAGGCGUUUAUGAGUCCUGCGACGCUGUUCGCCAGCUGGAAGGGCGACGCGUGCGACGACAAGUGGAUGGGGAUCAUCUGCUCCACAACCGUGCCGCAGCAUGUCGUCGGCAUCAACCUGGAGUCUCUCGGGGUGAAGGGCUUGCUGUCGAAGCACAUUGCGUGGCUGCCCUUCCUCCAGAUUCUCAAUCUGCAGGACAACCAGUUCGCGGGCGAGUUGCCCAAGGAGAUCGGCACGCUCAAGUUUCUUGAACACAUUGACGUGCGUCUGAAUAAGUUCACUGGUCCGUUUCCCGACACCACGCUCUCGACCAACCUGAAAUAUGUUGAACUCUCCAAGAAUGACUUCAAGGGCCCCUUUCCGGAGUCCCUACUUGGACAUGACAAGAUCAUAUACAUUGGCUUGGCGGGCAAUUCCUUCCGUGGACCCCUUCCGCUGGACUUUUCGGGCCUCAAAUCGCUCACGCACAUGUCGCUCGCGGACAACAAAUUCAACGGCACACUUCCGGAGAGCAUCGGCGCGUUGCCCAACAUUGAAGCCGUCGACGUCAGCAAGAAUAACUUCGUUGGCACCGUGCCGGCUACUUACCAGAACAUCCAAAAACUCAAGGUCAAGGGGAACCCUAAACUCGAGGGCGGCAAAGGCGGCAAGGGUGGAAGAAAGAAGGGGGGAAAGAAGGGCCGCAAGCACGGCAAACGCGGCAAGCAUGGAAAGGGUGACGCCCCCGGUUCCGCCGCCGCGCCUUCUUCCGAACCUAGCCCCGCCGCACCUCCUUCCGAAGCCCCCGCUUCCGCUGCCGCGCCUUCUUCCGAACCUAGCCCCGCCGCACCUCCUUCCGAAGCCCCCGCUUCCGAGCCCGCAGUCAAGCCCCCAACUAAGCCCGUUGUGAAGCCGCUUCCCGGUGGAGUCGCUCCGCUCCCCGAUCCCACCGAGCAGCCUUCCGCGCCAGGGUCCCUCCCUCCGCCCGUCGUCCGCCCGCCCGUGGUGAAACCCCCCGUCGUCAAGCCGCCCGUUAUUAAGCCGCCCGUUAUCAAGCCGCCCGUUAUUAAGCCACCCGUUAUCAAGCCCCCUGUCGUAAAGCCCCCCAUCGUUACGCCUCCCGUCGUCAAGCCGCCGGUCGUAAGGCCCCCCGUGGUCACCCCUCCGGUUGUUACGCCGGUUCCCCCCAUCGCGGAGCCGUCUCUGCCGUCCACGCCAGAGCUUCCGCCGGCGCCGGUAACGGAGUGCGACACGUGCAAUCUGAACCAGGUGGCGUGGCGGCCGAUGGCUGACGACAGCACGAGCGCGAACCCGAAGCUGAGCAGCAACGCGUCCGCGUGCGUGUGCGUGUACCCGCUGCGCUUCCGCCUGCACAUGAGCAUGAACUACGCCAACUUCGACGAGAAGAAGCAGCGGGACCUGGAGAUGCAGUUGGCGGACGACCUGAUCGUGAACUACGGCCAGGUGCGCCUGCUCUCGUCGCGGCCCGGCAGCGUCGUGGCGGAUCUCGCGCUGGGCCCCGAGGCGCCCAUGACGACGCUGCAGCCGGCGGUCGUGGAGCGCGUGCUCGCGCUGCUGCGCAACAACCAGCUCUCGCUCAGCGGAUUCGGCUUCGUCGAAGUCACGCUCGUCGAGCCGCCCUCGGAGCUGCUGCUCCCUGCGCCCACGAAUCAAACUACCCCCGACCAGGCAGCCCCUGAGGAGGGCAGCGGCGGAUGGUCCGCAGCGGCGAUCGCGGGCGUGAUUGUCGGCACGGUGCUGGUCGUGGCGCUCAUCUUCCUCGUCGUCGUUCUCGUGCGCUGCCGCCCGCGCCGCUCCGGCGGAAGCAAGAAGAGCAGCAGCAAGAAGGGCGGCUCGAGCAAGCGCGUGUCGGCCACGUCGGUGGUCACCGCGUCGUCCGCUGCGCAUCAUGUCCACUCCGCGGGGGGGAAGCCGCCGAUGCACAUGCAAUCAUGGUCCAACAACUCCGCGCGGGCCCAUCCACCACACGGCGCAGCCUCCGCAUCCCUCGCCGCCGCUGCCGCCGCCGCCGCGGGCGGGCACGGCAGCAACACCCCCGGCGGAUCCACGCGCCGCGUGCCAGGCGUCGUCGUCCUCACCCUCGCAGAGGUCCAAAUGGCAACGGAUAACUUCUCCUCGGAGCGCAGCGUGAACUCCGACCCGCUCGGAACGACGUUCGUCGGGACGCUGCCCAGCGGGCAGGAGAUCGCCGUGAAGCGCGUCGAGCCGAGCGUCGUCGAGGGCCAAUCGGACGACGAUUUCGUCGCCGUCGCGUCGAACAUGGCGCGGUUGAAGCACCCGAAUGUCGUGCAGCUUCAGGGCUACUGCGUGGAUUACGGGGAGCGGGUUCUCGUGUUCGAGCACUACCCGCACGGGUCGCUGUUCGAUCAGCUGCACGGGAACAGCAAGGUGCCGGGUGCUGCGGAGCCGUCGCAGCACAUGACGUGGGCUGUGCGCAUCGACAUCGCGAUCGCCACGGCGCGCGCGCUUGUCUACCUGCACGAGGAGUGUGUGCCGUCCAUCAUCCAUCGCAACAUCUCAUCGCGCAACAUCCUGCUCGACAAGCGCCUCAAGGCGCGCGUUGCUGGCGCUGGCCUCUCCUUCCUCAACCCUGUGGGCGCUGACGACAAGUCACUGUCAGACCAGCUGGUGGGCGGCUUUGCAUACAACGCGCCCGAGUAUGCCAUGUCGGGCAUCUACACGGCCAAGAGCGACGUCUACAGCUUUGGUGUUGUGCUGCUCGAGCUCCUCACAGGCCGCAAGCCCGUUGACCCCUCCAAGCCCAAGCCUGAGUCCUCCCUGGUGCGGUGGGCGGCGCCUCUGCUGCACAACCCGCAGGAGCUCGAGUCCAUUCUCGACUCCAAGAUUGCCGGCCCGCUGCCCGACGCUGCCAGGCUCGCUGCCUUUGCUGAAGUCAUCACCCGCUGCAUCCAGCCGGAGCCCGAGUUCCGUCCGAGCAUGUCCAAGAUUGUGAGCGACCUCAACCACAAGGUGAAGGUGCUCCAGCCGGGCAGCUCCCGCCACCGUACCGGCUCCGCCUCCCCUGCCUCGUCCCUCAAUGGCUCUCUGGCUGGCUCAGUUCACUAA